AACCCUGAAUGUUUAUGUGGAGGAAGAGACACAGAGAAAGCUGAAGGUAUGGAGCAUGAGUACAGGCCAGAACCUGACGUGGAACUUGGGCAGAGUCAAGAUUCAAACAGCACACACUUGGAAGUUGGUGUUCGAGGCGAUUGGAGGAGGAGCAGCUGUGUCACACAUUGCCAUCGAUGAUGUCAUGCUGGGUCACACAGAAUGUCCCCAAAUCGGAGCUUGUAACUUUGAGCUGGACCUGUGCAGCUGGAAAAAUGUCCUGAAUCCCAAACUAGACUCCAUGGACUGGGACUGGAGCAACGGGCAGACGCCCAGCUCCUUCAAGGGGCCUGAGGUGGACAACACAAUGAAGAACCCACAAGGUCAUUACAUGUUUGUGGACUUUGAGGCACUAAGAGACAAAGAUGCUGCGUGGCUCCUGAGUGAACGUCUCCCUCCGACAAAGGGCUCCUGCCUCGCUUUCUAUUACAGCACCAAUAUCUCCGAACAGCUCAUGCAUGGAGUCCUGAAGGUGUUCCGAUACCAGGUGGAUCAGGAGUCUGUGACCUGGGAGGCCAAAGGCACUCAGAGUAAGGAUUGGAGGCUUAUUAACAUCACCAUGGAGAGUUCCACAGUCUUCCAGGUUGGUUUCAAAGCUGUGAAAUCGAACCAGGCAGAGGUUGGAUAUGUUGCCAUUGAUGACAUUGUGUAUUAUCCUGGAGUGAACUGUCGUGGAGUACAAACAGAUGGAGCUGUCUGGGGUAAGACCCAUGUCCAAUUACCCUGCACUAUUCUUCAUCAGUGCAUGCACAUUGUGGGUGACAGUCAGAAGACUGAAAACUAACAGGAGCAUCACACCUCAUUCCCAAAGCAGCGAGUGCAUGGAGUUCAAUACAGAGGUUUUCUCCCGGGGUGGGAAUGUCAAAUACUAAGGUUUAAGGUGAGAAGGGGAAAGUUUACGGGAAAUGUGCAAGGAUGGGUUUUUACACAGAGGGUGGUAGCUGCCUGGAACACAUUGCCAGGAGUGGUGGUAGAAGCAGAUAUUUAAGAGGCAUUUAAACAGACAUAUGAACAGGCAGGGAAUAGAGGAAUAUGGACCAUGUGCAGGCAGAUGGGGUACAGGUCUCUGGCACAGAGUCUGUCCCUGUUGCUCAGAAGGGAAGCGGGGAGAGGAGGAGAGCAUUAGUCAUUGGGGACUCCAUAGUUAGGGGGACAGAUAGGAGAUUCUGUGGGAACGAGAGAGACUCGCAGUUGGUGUGUUGCCUCCCAGGUGUCAGGGUCCGUGAUGUCUCGGAUCGUGUUUUCGGGAUCCUUAAGGGGGAGGGGGAGCAGCCCCAAGUCGUGGUCCACAUAGGCACCAACAACAUAGGUAGGAAAAGGGAUGGGGAUGUAAGGCAGAAAUUCAAGGAGCUAGGGUGGAAGCUUAGAGCUAGAACAAACAGAGUUGUGAUCUUUGGUUUGUUACCUGUGCCACGUGCUAGCGAGGCGAGGAAUAGGGAGGGAGAGCAGUUGAACACGUGGCUACAGGGAUGGUGCAGGAGGGAGGGAUUCAGAUACCUGGAUAAUUGGGGCUCAUUCUAGGGUAGGUGGGACCUCUACAAAUGGGAUGGUCUACACCUGAACCAGAGGGGUACCAAUAUCCUGAGGGGGAAAUUUGCUAAUGCUCUUCGGGAGGGUUUAAACUAAUUCAGCAGGGGGAUGGGAUCCUGAAUUGUAGCUCCAGUGUACAGGAGGUUGAGAGUAGUGAGGUCAUGAAUAAGGUUUCAAGGUCGCAGGAGUGUACCGGCAGGCAGGAAGGUGGUUUGAAGUGUGUCUACUUCAACGCCAGGACAUCCGGAAUAAGGUGGGUGAACUUGCAGCAUGGGUUGGUACCUGGGACUUCGAUGUUGUGGCCAUUUCGGAGACAUGGAUAGAGCAGGGACAGGAAUGGUUGUUGCAGGUUCUGGGGUUUAGAUGUUUCAGUAAGAUCAGAGACGGUGGUAAAAGAGGGGAAGGUGUGGCAUUAAUAGUCGAGGACAGUAUUACGGUAGCAGACAGGACGUUUGAUGACAACUCGUCUACUGAGGUAGUAUGGGCUGAGGUUAGAACCAGGAAAGGAGAGGUCACCCUGUUGGGAGUUUUCUAUAGGCCUCCGAAAAGUUCCAGAGAUGUAGAGGAAAAGAUUGCAAAGAUGAUUCUGGAUAGGAGCGAAAGUAACAGGGUAAUUGUUAUGGGGGACUUUAAUUUCCAAAUAUUGACUGGAAACGCUAUAGUUCGAGUACUUCAGAUGGGUCAGUUUUUGUCCAAUGUGUGCAGGAGGGUUGACACAGUAUGUAGAUAGGCCAACAAGAGGCGAGGCCAUAUUGGAUUUGGUACUGGGUAAUGAACCAGGCCAGGUGUUAGAUUUGGAGGUAGGUGAGCACUUUGGUGAUAGUGACCACAAUUCGGUUAUGUUUACUUUAGUGAUGGAAAGGGAUAGGUAUAUACCGCAGGGCAAGAGUUAUAGCUGGGGGAAAGGCAAUUAUGAAGCGAUUAGGCAAAAUUUAGGAUGCAUAGGAUGGAGAAGGAAACUGCAGGGGCUGGGCACAAUUGAAAUGUGGAGCUUGUUCAAGGAACAGCUACUGCGUGUCCUUGAGAAAUAUGUACCUGUCAGGCAGGGAGGAAGUGGUCGAGCGAGGGAACCGUGGUUUACUAAAGAAGUUGAAUCUCUUGUCAAGAGGAAGAAGGAAGUUUAUGUCGAGAUGAAGUGUGAAGGCUCAGUUAGGGCGCCUGAGAGUUACAAGUUAGCCAGGAAGGACCUAAAGAGAGAGCUAAGAAGAGCCAGGAGGGGACAUGAGAAGUCUUUAGCAGGUAAGAUCAAGGAAAACCCUAAAGCUUUCUAUAGGUAUGUCAGGAAUAAAAGAAUGACUAGAGUAAGAUUAGGGCCAGUCAAGGACAGUAGUGGGAAGUUGUGCGUGGAGUCUGAAGAGAUAGGAGAGGCGCUAAAUGCAUAUUUUUCAUCAGUAUUCACACAGGAAAAAGACAAUGUUGUUGAGAUGAAUACUGAGAUACAGGCUAUUAGACUGGACGGGAUUGAGGUUCAUAAGGAGGAGGUGUUAGCAAUUCUGGAAGGUGUGAAAAUAGAUAAGUCCCCUGGGCUGGAUGGGAUUUAUCCUAGGAUUCUCUGCGAAGCUGGAGAGGAGAUUGCAGAGCCUUUGGGUUUGAUCUUUAUGUUGUCAUUGUCUACAGGAAUAGUGCCAGAAGACUGGAGACUAGCAAAUGUUGUCCCCUUGUUCAAGAAGGGGAGUAGAGACAACCCUGGUAAUUAUAGACCAGUGAGCCUUACUUCGGUUGUGGGUAAAGUGUUGGAAAGGAUUAUAAGAGAUAGGAUUUAUAAUCAUAUAGAAAGGAAUAAUUUGAUUAGGGAUAGUCAACACGGUUUUGUGAAGGGUAGGUCAUGCCUCACAAACCUUAUUGAGUUCUUUGAGAAAGUGACCAAACAGGUGGAUGAGGGUAAAGUGGUUGAUGUGGUGUAUAUGGAUUUCAGUAAAGCGUUUGAUAAGGUUUCCCACAGUAGGCUAUUGCAGAAAAUACGGAGGCAUGGGAUUGAGGGUGAUUUAGCGGUUUGGAUCAGAAAUUGGCUAGCUGUAAGAAGACAGAGGGUGGUGGCUGAUGGGAAAUGUUCAUCCUGGAGUUCAGUUAAUAGUGGUGUACUGCAAGGAUCUGUUUUGGGGCCACUGCUGUUUGUCAUUUUUAUAAAUGGCCUGGAUGAGGGCGUAGAAGGAUGGGUUAGUAAAUUUGCGGAUGACACUAAAGUCGGCGGAGAUGUGGAUAGUGCGGAAGGAUGUUGCAGGUUACAGAGGGACAUAGAUAAGCUGCAGAGCUGGGCUGAGAGGUGGCAAAUGGAGUUUAAUGCGGAAAAGUGUGAGGUGAUUCACUUUGGAAGGAGUAACAGGAAUACAGAGUACUGGGCUAAUGGUAAGAUUCUUGGUAGUGUGGAUGAGCAGAAAGAUCUCGGUGUCCAUGUGCAUAGAUCACUGAAAGUUGCCACCCAGGUUGAUAGCGUUGUUAAGAAGGCGUACAGUAUGUUAGGUUUUAUUGGUAGAGGGAUUGAGUUUCGGAGCCAUGAGGUCAUGUUGCAGCUGUACAAAACUCUGGUGCGGCCGCACUUGGAGUAUUGCGUACAGUUCUGGUCACCGCAUUAUAGGAAGGAUGUGGAAGCAUUGGAAAGGGUGCAGAGGAGAUUUACCAGGAUGUUGCCUGGUAUGGAGGGAAGGUCUUAUGAGGAAAGGCUGAGGGUCUUGAGGCUGUUUUCGUUAGAGAGAAGAAGGUUAAAAGGU